AACCCAAACGGAGCUUGUCAAGUAUACAGCCAUUGGAGACACUCUUGCAGGAAUUAAAUUCUAUUCAUAAAAUUAUGGAGUGCCAUAGUCUUGACUCAGAGAUUAUUCUCCAGAUAUUUAGGCAGAUUUUUUACUUCAUCUGUGCCAUUUCACUGAAUAACCUACUGCUUCGAGAGGAUUUGUGUCAUUUGACUAAAGGAUGGCAGAUAAGGCGUAAUCUGUCACAUCUUGAACAGUGGUGGUGUGACACAACAAGAAAGUCAUUGCCCGUCUUCUCAAUAGAUUUUUUGAAGGAUUCCAUGAAGCCAGAAACCUUACAGCCCAUAAUUCAGGCAUCCCACUUGCUAGACGCUCAUAAGCUGGAUGAGAAUGUUCAGAAUGUAUGUGAUAUGUGCGAUAAGCUUUCAGUGGUUCAGAUAAUCAAAAUACUCAAUCUACUUACAACCAUAGAUGAAUUUGAAGAACAUGUUCCUGUCAGUUUUAUUCACAAGGUACAGGCCAAGCUUCAGGAAAGAAAUGAACCUCAGGAACAGGUUACAUUGCUGAUGGACACAAAAUUCACAUUCCCAGUAGUAUUUCCUUUUAAACCACCAAAAAUUAAGCUUGAAUAUAUAGAAGUACCAGAGGAACUGGAUUUACCUAUGCUGAAGAAAGUUUAAAAUUGAG